UCCAGACAUUCCACUAUUUAAUUGUGUAACACAACAGCUUUACUUACCCCGCCGAGGGGUAAGCCUCCCCUUCCCACCUCAACCACAACCACAAGCAAACGCAAAUAACACCUUUAUAAUAGCCUUCUUCUCUCGUAUCCUUCCUCAUCCCUCCCUCCUCACUUCCUUCCUUCCAACACAUCCCAUCCAUCUCGAUGACAGCAAAAAUGACAGACCUCAAAAACACUCUCGACCCCCUCCUCCGCGAACAUGCCAGCAUAGGAUACAUCGGGCGCGAUUCCCCCUCCUUCUCCGAGACCACCCGCGUGUGGAACGUGGGCCGCAACAAGAGCUGCACCCCGCUCGCCGUCCUCCAGCCCCAAUCCGCCCAAGACGUCGCCGCCCUCGUUCAUUUCCUCCACAACCAGGAUCUCCCCUUCAGCGUCCGCACCGGCGGCCACAACAUCGAAGGCAAAUCCAUCCAGAACGACACCUUCCUCAUCGAUCUCCGCGCCCUCGACUUCGUGCGCAUCGCCCCGGACCGCAAGUCCGCCACCGUCGGCGGUGGCAUCCUGCAGGGGAAGCUCGGGGAGACGCUCUGGAAGGAAGGCCUGAUUACCCCCACGGGCUCGAUCCCGGAUGUCGGGUACGUGGGCUGGAGUACCUACGGCGGGUACGGCCUGUUUGCGCCGCGCUGGGGGCUGGGGGUGGAUCAGAUCCUCGGGGCGAAGGUGGUCAAGGCGGAUGGGUCGGUCGUGGAUACGGAUGAGGACCCGGAAUUGUUGAAGGGGAUCAAGGGAGCGGGUGGCGUGCUUGGGGUUAUUGUUGAAGUUUGCGUCAAAGUCUAUGAGGCCAAGCAGCUUCUCUCCGGCGUCAUCAUGUUCGAGUCCUCGGAUAUCAAGAAGACCUUCGUCGAUUUCAACGCCGCCUUCCAGGCCCUCCAGGACGAAGGCAUCCCCGAUGCCCUGGCCGUCCAGCAGAUCGCCAUCAACGCGCCCCCCGGCCGCCUGUUCGGGACCAUCGUCGUCUGGACCGGCGACGACCUCGACGAAGGCAAGCGCUGGGCCGACCGGAUCGCCAAGCUCGGCAUCGCCAUCAUGAACACCGUCGCCCCCACCGCCAUCCCCGACUGGUUCCGGGGCAACGGCGCCAUGGUCCCCACCAGCGUGUACGGCUCCAGCCGCACCGCCAACGUGCGCCAGAUCACCCCAGAGCUGGCCGAAACCCUCGGCGCCAGCCUCGAGAAGAUGCCCGCCGACCCCGCCACCAUGCUCUCCGUGCACCAGCUGCGCGGCCCGUCCGCCACCCCGACCCGCGACUCGGUCUUUGCCGCGCGCGAACCACACCUCAUGCUGGAGAUCCUUGGGUGCGUGACGGCGGAGGACCUGCAGGAGGAGGCCGAGAAGUGGGCGUCCGACAUGCUGGCCAGCGUGCACGGCACCCAGGCGCAGAACCUGCUCCCCGGUGCGUAUGUGUCGCUACACUGCGAGGGGGCCCAGACGAUCUGUGUCGAGGAUCGGGUGAAGAAAUUGUUUGGGGAGUUUGCCGACGAGGUGGUUGCGCUGAAGGAGAAACACGAUCCGAAGAACUUGUUCGCUCACGCGGUUCCUAAGCUGAAGUAGGGGGUCCGUUUUAUGCAUGAUGGAGAUGUAUUAUGAUAGCACGCAUGGGUC